AUGUUGGAAAAGGUCUCCACUUCUACUCCAAGUAUUGCUAUCCAAGCAUUCAGCCGUGGUUUCACCUUCUGGGAUUUAUUAUCAAGAGGAAGAAGAGGAAGAAGAGGAAGAAGAGGAAGAAGAGGGAGAAGAGGAAGAAGAGGAAGAAGAGGAAGAAGAGGAAGAAGAGGAAGAAGAGGAAGAAGAGGAAGAAGAGGAAGAAGAGGAAGAAGAGGAAGAAGAGGAAGAAGAGGAAGAAGAGGAAGAAGAGGAAGAAGAGGAAGAAGAGGAAGAAGAGGAAGAAGAGGAAGAAGAGGAAGAAGAGGAAGAAGAGGAAGAAGAGGAAGAAGAGGAAGAAGAGAAAGAAGAGGAAGAAGAGGAAGAAGAGGAAGAAGAGGAAGAAGAGGAAGAAGAGGAAGAAGAGGAAGAAGAGGAAGAAGAGGAAGAAGAGGAAGAAGAGGAAGAAGAGGAAGAAGAGGAAGAAGAGGAAGAAGAGGAAGAAGAGGAAGAAGAGGAAGAAGAGGAAGAAGAGGAAGAAGAGGAAGAAGAGGAAGAAGAGGAAGAAGAGGAAGAAGAGGAAGAAGAGGAAGAAGAGGAAGAAGAGGAAGAAGAGGAAGAAGAGGAAGAAGAGGAAGAAGAGGAAGAAGAGGAAGAAGAGGAAGAAGAGGAAGAAGAGGAAGAAGAGGAAGAAGAGAGAAGAAGAGGAAGAAGAGGAAGAAGAGGAAGAAGAGGAAGAAGAGGAAGAAGAGGAAGAAGAGGAAGAAGAGGAAGAAGAGGAAGAAGAGGAAGAAGAGGAAGAAGAGGAAGAAGAGGAAGAAGAGGAAGAAGAGGAAGAAGAGAAGAAGAGGAAGAAGAGGAAGAAGAGGAAGAAGAGGAAGAAGAGGAAGAAGAGGAAGAAGAGGAAGAAGAGGAAGAAGAGGAAGAAGAGGAAGAAGAGGAAGAAGAGGAAGAAGAGGAAGAAGAGGAAGAAGAGGAAGAAGAGGAAGAAGAGGAAGAAGAGGAAGAAGAGGAAGAAGAGGAAGAAGAGGAAGAAGAGGAAGAAGAGGAAGAAGAGGAAGAAGAGGAAGAAGAGGAAGAAGAGGAAGAAGAGGAAGAAGAGGAAGAAGAGGAAGAAGAGGAAGAAGAGGAAGAAGAGGAAGAAGAGGAAGAAGAGGAAGAAGAGGAAGAAGAGGAAGAAGAGGAAGAAGAGGAAGAAGAGGAAGAAGAGGAAGAAGAGGAAGAAGAGGAAGAAGAGGAAGAAGAGGAAGAAGAGGAAGAAGAGGAAGAAGAGGAAGAAGAGGAAGAAGAGGAAGAAGAGGAAGAAGAGGAAGAAGAGGAAGAAGAGGAAGAAGAGGAAGAAGAGGAAGAAGAGGAAGAAGAGGAAGAAGAGGAAGAAGAGGAAGAAGAGGAAGAAGAGGAAGAAGAGGAAGAAGAGGAAGAAGAGGAAGAAGAGGAAGAAGAGGAAGAAGAGGAAGAAGAGGAAGAAGAGGAAGAAGAGGAAGAAGAGGAAGAAGAGGAAGAAGAGGAAGAAGAGGAAGAAGAGGAAGAAGAGGAAGAAGAGGAAGAAGAGGAAGAAGAGGAAGAAGAGGAAGAAGAGGAAGAAGAGGAAGAAGAGGAAGAAGAGGAAGAAGAGGAAGAAGAGGAAGAAGAGGAAGAAGAGGAAGAAGAGGAAGAAGAGGAAGAAGAGGAAGAAGAGGAAGAAGAGGAAGAAGAGGAAGAAGAGGAAGAAGAGGAAGAAGAGGAAGAAGAGGAAGAAGAGGAAGAAGAGGAAGAAGAGGAAGAAGAGGAAGAAGAGGAAGAAGAGGAAGAAGAGGAAGAAGAGGAAGAAGAGGAAGAAGAGGAAGAAGAGGAAGAAGAGGAAGAAGAGGAAGAAGAGGAAGAAGAGGAAGAAGAGGAAGAAGAGGAAGAAGAGGAAGAAGAGGAAAGAAGAGAGAAGAAGAGGAAGAAGAGGAAGAAGAGGAAGAAGAGGAAGAAGAGGAAGAAGAGGAAGAAGAGGAAGAAGAGGAAGAGAGGAAGAAGAGGAAGAAGAGGAAGAAGAGGAAGAAGAGGAAGAAGAGGAAGAAGAGGAAGAAGAGGAAGAAGAGGAAGAAGAGGAAGAAGAGGAAGAAGAGGAAGAAGAGGAAGAAGAGGAAGAAGAGGAAGAAGAGGAAGAAGAGGAAGAAGAGGAAGAAGAGGAAGAAGAGGAAGAAGAGGAAGAAGAGGAAGAAGAGGAAGAAGAGGAAGAAGAGGAAGAAGAGGAAGAAGAGGAAGAAGAGGAAGAAGAGGAAGAAGAGGAAGAAGAGGAAGAAGAGGAAGAAGAGGAAGAAGAGGAAGAAGAGGAAGAAGAGGAAGAAGAGGAAGAAGAGGAAGAAGAGGAAGAAGAGGAAGAAGAGGAAGAAGAGGAAGAAGAGGAAGAAGAGGAAGAAGAGGAAGAAGAGGAAGAAGAGGAAGAAGAGGAAGAAGAGGAAGAAGAGGAAGAAGAGGAAGAAGAGGAAGAAGAGGAAGAAGAGGAAGAAGAGGAAGAAGAGGAAGAAGAGGAAGAAGAGGAAGAAGAGGAAGAAGA